AUGAAAAUUCAUCAACAGCCUGAAACCAACCUUAGACAGCAGAAACUCGAAGAAUUCUUCCACCAAGAAAAGCCAGCAAAAUCUGAGGCUUCGAUUUUGCCCAAAAUUAGAUGCUCGUCUAACCCAGAUAUAAAUUAUAUCUCCCCUCAGUCUCUAGCAGAUCUUCUUGACAAUAAAAUUUCAAUUGAAAAAUAUCUCGUAAUUGAUGCUCGCUAUCCUUAUGAAUAUGAAGGUGGGCAUAUACAGUCCGCAGUUAAUACUUUAUAGUAAAUCUUGCAUGAAGAUGCCAGAGGACUAUUCCUGAUUUUUAAAUUAAAUAGAAAAAAAUACCUAGCUACCAAAAAAGAUUUGAUUUUAAAUAAGAUAAUAUUUCUUCACCAGAAAAUCUUUCUAGUAUUCUAGAAGGCUCGAAUUGGGAAAAUACUCCUAUCAUAAUCCACUGUGAAUUUUCACAGCAGCGCGGCCCUGCUUUGUAUCGCUGGCUUAGAAACUCAGACAGGCUUCAAAACAUGGAAAACUAUCCUGCCUUGUCGUAUCCUGAGCUUUAUAUCCUUCAAGGUGGAUAUUCUGAGUUCUUCAAAUUAUUUGAAAAUUUCUGCACGCCUCAAAGCUAUGUUACUAUGAAAGACCCGCUUCACAAACAUGAUAGGAAAAAGCUAAAAUCCAAGACCUGUCAGCCAAGAAAAGCUUAUUUAAGGUGUUCAUAA